AUGAGAGACCAGCGCAUCGACGACGUUUCACAAAGCGCAGGAAUUUGCCAAAGCUAUGCAAUAUAUGAACGGAAUGCGCCCUCCCUGGCGAACACAACAUCGACUUCCCAUGAGCCCAGCGCCCUCUGGACGCCCCAGAUAUCAAACGCCAGAGAGCGGUUGCAGAGCGAGGCCGCCACGCAGAGCCAGCGGAGGAUGGCAGAAAUGACCGAUGAUGACUACGACAAUCUGAAAAAGCAGCACCAUGAUUUGCAAGGACAGCGGGGGCAGGUUAUUGACACUCGGUUCGCCCUCGUCGGACGGCGCUCGGAAUUGCAGCAUUGCAUCUCUUCUAUUCAGCGGGAACAGACGGAAUUUCUGGUCCGAGUCAGAAGUCUUACACCGGCCGAUGCGGAAUUCCAGGCCGCCUUGUCUUCGGCAAUAAAUAGCAUCCAGCGCGCGCAAGAUAGCCUCUCGCAGCAAUUGGAGCAAACGAAAAAUCUCGAAAAACAACUAAAUAAGCUUGAGUACGGACUUGGUAAAGAAGAGAAUGCCUUUUUUGGGCGCCUCAGCGCUGCUCUUCCAUCAAUAAUCAAGACUGCCGCUUCUCAUCCACCACCAGCAGACAUUACUGGGAGCGAGGGACUGGACCAUGUCAAAAGGACGACCCUACAGGCUUUCCACGACAAGAGUUCAGACGUCCCCAUCCUAGAGGAACGGCUUGCAGAGCUCGAAUAUACCUUUGGUGUCGAGCGCAGUCAGAGAGAAACCAGAGCCAAUCUCGGGCAGCCAAUCCUUCCCCCUGACCUGGAGUUCUACAGCCAGUAUCAUCAAGACCGGGAGUUACUUCAGGCCGAACUGGCCCAGACCAGAAACGAGGUGAGCCGGCUCCAGUCCAGGUGCGUCCAGCUUGGCUUGAUACCUCCACCUCCGGCACCACCAAGCAUCAACCAUGACACAGCAGUCGCAUCCGAGCAGGCACCACGGAAAGCUCGAUCUUGGGUGCACGCUUCCGAGUCCGGAAAGCACCUUGAGUGUUCAUUCUUCUCCGAAGGCCACCGCAUGCCGCAAUUGCCCACGCCGACACUUCCCAAGUUUGCCAACCCAAGAGAGAGGAUCCAUAGAUGGAUCGCGGAAUCCCAAGCUACCGCUGAAGCCCCGGAAGCUCAAGACAGCGAGAACUCUUCAAUCAGCGGACAUGCACAGAAUGAGUCAAGCUCCGGGGCCAAUAACGGCCCCCGUUCGGAACGAUCCUGGGAAGAAGUUGACGAGGAGUGA